AUGGGCUUGAUCCGGGACGAGGAAGCUGUCCUCUCUGUGCUUGGCAUCGGUGGGCAUAAAUGCCACUUGCUCACCUUUGGGAUGGAGGCUUUUGAGAGAGAAGGAGACAUCCUCAUUGGGGGGAUAUUCCCACUGCAUUCCCACCAGUCAAGUGACGUGGUAAGCAUUGCCUUCACCGAGCGCCCCAAUCCCACGUCGUGUCACAGGUCAGUUCAGCGCCAGCGGAUUCUUCCUAACAAUUCAUCUUCUGAAAUUGCCAAAGACAGCUUUGUCCGUGUCGGCCAGAACUCAAACUUGUCCCUUUGGUUUUACAAACUCAUCCAAACCAUGGUCUAUGCCGUUGAAGAACUUAACCAGGAUCCCACCAUUUUGCCCAACGUCACACUCGGCUUCCAGAUCUUCGAUUCGUGCCAGACGGUCUCCCGCGCCCUCUUGGGCACCAUGCGGUUCCUCACAGGACAGCAAAAAGCCAUUCCCAACUUUCGUUGCCAGCGGCACCCGCUGCUAGCUGGUAUUAUAGCGGAGUCUGGCAUCGUGGAGUCCAGAACUAUAGCUAGGUUGCUGGAUCUCAACAGAUACCCUCAGAUCAGCUACUUUCCCACUGGCCCAGUGACAAGUGACGGAUCCCAAUUCCUGUCUUUUUUCCGCACUGUGCCCAGCAACAAAUUCCAGGCCCUCGGCCUAGCUCGGCUGGUGCUUCAUUUCUCUUGGACGUGGAUUGGUCUGCUUGGUGAAAACUCAGAGUAUGGGAAACAAGGCGUUGAGGUUGUGCGAGAACAGAUUGUCAAGAGCAGUGCUUGUGUUGCUUUUUUGCACAUGCUCCCCCUAUCACCUAACACAGAGAACACCCUGACAGUCGUCCAAACCAUCGCAGAAUCCCAGGCCCGUGUUAUUGUCGCUUUCUGUGGCAUUGAGGUGUUAACUGUACUGGAUCAGUUGUAUGAACAUGGAGUAGAAGGGAGGGUGUGGUUGUACUCUGAAUCCAUGAGCCACAUUAUCAUCUUCAGCAAUCGGAAGGCCCUUCAGAUGCUCGAUGGCUCAUUAGCCGUCGUGUCCCACAAAGAAAAAGUUCCAGGUCUGAAGGACUUCAUACUCCGGCUCCAUCCCUCUAGUUCUCCAGAAGAUGUCUUUAUCCAAGAGUUCUGGAGUAACGUCUUUAAUUGCCAGUGGAACACAAGUUCUGGUGAGGGGACAGAUAGCACCCACCGCUGCACAGGGCAGGAGAGCUUAGAGAAUGGUAUGAACUCCUUUCUCAGCAUGCCCGGCUUUGGCUUGGCCUUCAGCGUCCACAAUGCAGUCUACGCCAUUGCCCACGCCUUGCAUUCCAUGGCACAAAAAGAGUUCAGAGGACCAAAGAAGAUUGGGAACAAGAACCGAGUGGAAACUCAUGGGUUCAAGCCUUGGAAGCUGCUCCAAUAUUUGAGGAAGGUCAGUUUCAAGAACAAGGCGGGCGAGGAAGUGUCUUUUGAUGAACACGGUGACCUUCCUGCCGUUUUAGACAUCUUCAAUACACGCUUCCUCCCUGAAGGGAACUUCAGAAUUGCGCCGGUUGGAAGAAUUGCAUUCAGCCCCUCCCGAAACAAGGAGCUGGAGAUUAAUGAGAGCGCCAUCUUGUGGGCUGGAGGGGGCACAAAGGCCCCUGUGUCUGUGUGUACACCAAAUUGUCCCAGGGGCUAUCACAGAGCCCACCUCUCACAUAGGGCAACAUGCUGCUUUGACUGCAUACCGUGUGCUGAUGGGGAAAUGGCAAACCAGACUGACUCAUCCAUCUGCAUCAGGUGCCCAGAAGACCAGUGGCCAAAUGAAGGGCAAACACGGUGCCUACCCAAAAGGGAACUAUUCCUCUCUUUCCAUGAGCCCCUGGGAGCCAGCCUGGCUGGCACCUCUGUCUGCGGCUCUUUUCUGCCUGUCUUAAUUCUUGCCCUCUUCGUUGCACACCGGGACACUCCACUGGUUCGGGCAAACAGCCGGGAACUCAGCUACCUGCUGCUGUCAGGGCUGACCGUCAGUUUCCUCAGCUGCCUAUUGUUUCUGGGCCGACCCACACGCAGCACCUGCCUACUGCGUCCAGUGGUCUUCGGGCUGAACUUUUCUCUCUGUCUCUCCUGCCUCCUGGCCAAGACUCUGUUAGUGGUGACGGCGUUCAAGGCCACCAACCCCGGCAGCCACAUGAAGCAGUGGCUCAACUCCCGUGUGCCCCGUGCUGUGGUCCUUUGGGGCUGCCUCCCUCAGUUCCUCCUGUGCUCGGUGUGGUUAGCAGUCUCCCCGCCCUCCCCUGAGAAAGACACAUACUCCAUUCCCCAGGCUGUAACACUUCUGUGUGACAAAGGCUCACAAGCCGCCUUCUGGGCCAUGCUGGCAUACCUGGCCUUGUUGGCAGGGUUCAGCUUGGCUGGUGCUUUCUUGGCGCGGAACCUCCCUGAUGCCUUCAACGAGGCUUGGCUCAUCUGUUUCAGUUUGUUGGGGUGCCUCGGCGUCUGGUUGGCAUUUAUUCCUGUUUACCUCACGGCCAAAGGAUGGUAUGAGUCAGCCACAGCAGCCUUUGCCAUCCUAGGCUCCAGUGCGGCCUUGCUUAGUGGAAUGUUCUUUCCCAAGUGUUAUAUUCUUUUGUUGCACCCAGAAUUGAACACCAAGGGCUACUUCAUGAGAAAAGGAAAGGGCUCUGCCAUUUAA